AUGAAGCUUGCGUUGAGUACCACGUGGAUAUUCUGUAUUUGUAUAUUGAGCACUAUCUGUGAACAGUUUUCCAAUAACAAUGUGACGUACAUUGACAAAGGCGAUCUUGCGUUAAAAAGCGAUAUAGCCGAUGUGGUUUUGUCGCGAAAAAGAAGAACUUUGAUUUAUCCCAAGCCAUCGACACUUUUGCUGAUUUUUGGCAUUGGAACUCCACUUCAACUUGGACGAGAAAGCGUUAUAGUGGGAGUUUUUUCAAAAAUCAUAUAUAAUUUACCCGUGAACUCUACGGAUUUCACUGAGCCUGGAGUUCACUAUGGCAGAACAGGUAAAAGUAGAUGGAAUAUUUACAAAAUAGUGCAAAAAGUAAUGGAGAAUUAUGGAUUUGGUGGUAAGGAGUGCAUGCUCCGAGCAAUAUGCGAAGCAGCUUUUGCCCCUUUUAACUUACAUUACGGCCUUUUAGGACAACUCGUACAAACUUUUCUCACACCUUCAAGCACAAACGAGGAUUACGAGGAAUACGAGGACAGAGAAUAUCAUGCGGCAGAACGACUGGGACAGCAUUUGGGUGAAAACUGCCACGCCCUGUAUCCAGAAUGCGAGAGAAGCAUUCUAGACGUAUUUUCCAACGUGGACUUGUAAGAGAGUCGAGUAGAGAAAGAGAGAGAGAUAGAGAGAGAGAGAGA